AUGACUCCAAAAGCAGCUCCCCAGAACCUGUCACACACCUGAAGUGGGACGACCCUUACUAUGACAUCGCCCGGCACCAGAUUGUGGAGGUGGCAGGGUUGCUGAGAGGAUGACUGCUGCGUGAACGUCAGGGCCUAGCCACAGCCAGAGCAUAGUUGGCCCCGAAUAAGUGUUCGUUCGCCUCCCUUUCCUUUGCCCUCGGGCCAGCUUUUCUACCCCUCCGUUCCGGGGGAGCAGGGAGGUGCCCGUCCCUCCGGCAAAGCCCGCCUGCAGGGCAGUCUGCAACGGCAGAGGCUCCUUCCGGAAGGUCCUGCUGCUGGAGGAGGAAAUUGGAAUUGCAGGAUCCUUUGUCUUUUCUUCAGCUCAUCUGUGUUCCUGAUGCUUGUCCUGGUCUGGGUUGGAGGACUUGGCUGUGACCUCUCUCACCACUACGGAAGCAAGGCUGAGAGUUCUUUUUUGGCCUGGUCCUGCCCUGAGCACAGGAGAGUCACCUGAAGGUUCAGAACUUCCUCUCCUCAACCCCAGAGAUGGACUGAUUGGGGCGUGGGGAUGUCUGACGUGAAGGAGUCUCUCUCCUGACAUCCUCCUGGCUCAUGUGGCCAAGUCACAAGGCAGGACAGGGGAGACUGCCCGCGCCCCCACCAGGAGAUGACAAGUACGGGCGGAAGAUCAUUGUGUUUAGUGCCUGCCGAAUGCCCCCGAGCCACCAGCUGGACCACAGCAAGCUCCUGGGGUACCUGAAGCACACCCUGGAUCAGUAUGUGGAGAGCGAUUACACGCUGCUGUACCUGCACCACGGCCUGACCAGCGACAACAAGCCCUCCCUCAGCUGGCUCCGGGACGCCUACCGGGAGUUUGACCGCAAGUACAAGAAGAACAUCAAGGCUCUGUACAUCGUGCACCCCACCAUGUUCAUCAAGACCCUGCUCAUCCUGUUUAAGCCCAUCAUCAGCUUCAAGUUUGGGCAGAAGAUCUUCUAUGUGAAUUACCUGAGUGAGCUGAGCGAGCACGUGAAGCUGGAGCAACUGGGGAUCCCUCGUCAAGUGCUCACGUAUGAUGACUUCCUCAAAUCCACACAGAAGAGCCCUGCGACCGCCCCCAGGCCCAUGCCGCCACGGCCGCCCCUGCCCAACCAGCAGUUCGGGGUCUCGUUGCAGCACCUCCGGGAGAAGAGCCCGGCGCAGGAGCCCGUGCCGCUGGUGCUGCGGGAGACCGUUGCCUACCUGCGGGCCCACGCUCUCACCACUGAGGGGAUUUUCCGGAGGUCGGCCAACACCCAGGUUGUACGAGAAGUGCAGCAGAAGUACAACAUGGGGCUGCCUGUGGACUUUGACCAGUACAGUGAGCUGCACCUGCCAGCGGUCAUUCUCAAGACCUUCCUCCGGGAGCUUCCUGAGCCCUUGCUCACCUUUGAGCUCUACUCCCACGUGGUGGGCUUCCUCAACAUUGAUGAGAGCCAGAGAGUGGAGGCGACACUGCAGGCCUUCCAGACGCUGCCUGAGGAGAACUACCUGGUGCUGCGUUUCCUCACUGCCUUCCUGGUGCAGAUUUCUGCCCUCUGUGACCAGAACAAGAUGACCAACACUAACCUGGCUGUCGUCUUCGGCCCGAACCUGCUGUGGGCCAGGGAUGCUGCCAUCACCCUCAAGGCCAUUAAUCCCAUCAACACCUUCACGAAGUUCCUCCUGGACCACCAGGGGGAGUUGUUUCCGGGCCCUGAUUCCAAGGGGCUCUGAGCCCAGCCCCUGCUCCACCUGCCCCUUUGUCCGAGAGCCCCAGUGUGGACUUCCUCCUGGCUUCAGCCUUACGGGAGCUCAGGGCUCCUGCCCAGAAAGGGGCUGUGAGCCCCCUGGAGACAGAAGCUGGGGCCAGCCAAGGGGCCAGCCCCCCCCCCACCCCCACCCCCACCCCCCCCCCCCGCUCCGUCUCUCCAGCCCACCUCACUGGCCCUGGAGGCCUCGCUGUAACCACAGGAUGUGUUUCUUCGCCUUAUACGUCUCACUGCCUCCUUGGAUCCCUGGCUCCUGCCAGGCCCUGCAGCGCUGGCCUUGGCUCGUCAGGCAGGAGGACGGGCCCCAGCAACUGCUUCCCUGCUUUCUCCUGCCUCUUUCCCUGGCGGCGGGCGAUGCCAGAUAUCACUGCCGGCUGGGCUGGUGGCUGGCGCUGGUCCUCCCCUUCCUGACGGCUGGGGAAUGAAAGGCUGAGCUGGCUGGGGCUGGCCUGCCGAGACUCCUCCCUGUCUGGGGGAAGGCCUGGUUGCGAGCACACUGUUCCCGUCCUCGCCUCUGGUGGCUCAGCCUUUGGUACUUGCAUAGCUAGUGACCGACAGGCCGGAGUCCUGUGUCUGCCUUCUCUUCCACACAGCCUUCCCCAGGUGGUGCUGCCCCCAGCGUGUCCUCACCCCCUGGUUCUGCCGGGACUGGCAGCGUGGAUGGCAGGGCUGAGUCCCAGCAUCCAUUCAGAACAGACACCCCACUGUCACCCCCCACGGCCCCCUAGAGUCUGGUCAGACCAGCGAUGCACCGUCCCUGGCCCCUCCCCCCCCCUCCCCUCCCGCUUGCACAGAUCCUUAGCCACGUCUGUUGUGGAGUCACACGGGUCCCUGUUCUGGCCAGGAGGGACUCAGUGCCUCAGGAUCUGUGGUGGCUCUUUUCUCCGGGUGUGGACUCCUGGAGGGGCCGGGUGGAGAGUUUGCGAGUUCGAGGGGCCCCAGCCAGGGAACGUCUAGCAGCCUCCCCCUGGGCCCUGGUGGUGAUGGAUAGCCCUCUUCCCCGCUGUCCCUUCCUGGUGAACCUCCUUCCUGCAGCCCUGGCCAGAGCCUGUACUGUGGGGGUCCUCCCGGACCAGCCCCACCCCGUCUGUGAGCCGGGUGUGGCCUGGGCCCUGGCCGCGCUGGGCCCUUUUCCCAGGACUCCCGAGGCCUGGGGUGGCUGCUGUCCGCCCCUGUGUCUCCGGGCCAGGCCCAGGCUUCGGCGUCUCGCCUUCCUUUGUAUCAGGUGUUGCUCAGAGCCCCGUUUGCUGGGGAGCCUCGUGGAUCUAUUCGGUCUCUCUCCUGUCCCUUCCCCACUGGUCUUUACCCGGGGGUGGGGGGACAUGUACUGUGAAUCACGUGUCCACAGUCACACUUAAUGACUUCCUUGGCACCAAUCAUGUAUUUCACCUUUGCACUUUUUAUAUUUCAAUAAAAACGGAGAUGGAAAUCUG